AUGGGUGCAUUACUCGCAGCUCCUAUGUGUGCUGCUUCGUCAGCAUGCUGUUUUGGAAGCGCAGCCUGUUCGCUGUGUUGCUCGAUAUGUCCAACUAGUAAAAGCUCGACAACUACUCGAAUUAUGUACGCCUUGAUGCUGUUCACUAGCACUUUCCUUUCCUGCGUUAUGCUGUUACCAGGAAUUCAAAAUAAACUAGCAGAGAAUAAAUGGUUUUGUGAAGGGUUGAACGAGUAUGCCGGAAUCAGUUGUGCGCAUGCUACCGGAUUUCAAGCUGUUUAUCGUGUUUGUGCUGCCACUGCAUCAUUUUUCUUUCUCUUCAUGCUGAUCAUGUUUGGUGUAAAAGAUUCUAAAGACGGUCGUUCUGCUAUUCAGAACGGAUUUUGGUUCUUCAAGUACCUGAUUUUGGCUGGGCUAAUCGUUGGAUUUUUCUUUAUACGUAGCGAGAGCUUGGCAACUCCUCUCAUGUACAUUGGUUUACUCGGAGGAUUUAUGUUCAUCCUCAUCCAGCUUAUUCUCAUUGUCGAUUUUGCUCAUGGACUCGCUGAAGCUUGGGUCACUUCGUAUGAAGAAAGUGAAUCGAACUACUGCUACGCUGGGCUUCUUGUGACUGUAUUCGGAGGAUUCGCUCUUGCUCUUGCCGCUGUGAUCAUCAUGUUCAUCUUCUACACGACUGGUGAAGGUUGUGGACUCCCCCGUUUCUUCAUCAUUUUCAACUCUCUCCUCUGCGUUGGGCUCACAGUUCUCUCAUUGCAUCCAGCUGUUCAAGAAGUAUCACCACGAUCUGGACUCGUUCAAGCUGUCAUGAUUACUGGAUACGUUAUGUAUUUGACAUGGGCUGCGUUGAUCAACAACCCCGACAAGCAAUGCAAUCCAUCCCUUAUCAGUAUUUUCACGGGGAAUUCGACUGAUCCAACACACAAAGACAAGGAACAACACUAUGGAAUCCCGCUUCCAGCUCAGUCAAUCGUUUCUCUUUUCCUCUGGUUCGCUUGUCUUCUCUAUGCUUCUAUUCGCAACUCCUCCAACACCUCACUUGGGAAAAUCACUGGAGGAAGCAAUAAUUCCGAUGAGGCUAUUCAACUAAGUUCGUCCAUGAAGGGUGCGGAUGAUGACACGGAAUCUCAAAGAUCUCGCAAAGUUUACGACAACGAGGAAGAAGGAGUCGCCUAUUCUUACAGCUUCUUCCACUUCAUGUUCGCGCUUGCAUCUCUUUAUGUAAUGAUGACGCUAACUUCAUGGUACAAGCCGGAUAAUGAUCUUUCUCACUUGAAUUCGAACAUGGCUUCCGUUUGGGUGAAAAUUGUAUCUUCCUGGGUGUGCGUAGGAUUGUACUGUUGGACUCUCGUUGCUCCACUAGCCUUCCCGGACAGAGAAUUCUAA